AUGGGGGAGAAUCAAGACAAAGCCACUUCCCUGCACCGGAGCCGGUUCCCCCUUUGGUCCCCCCCCGGCCGCAGCCCCGGCUUUCGCCGGCGGUCCCGGGAGCUGUUCAGCACAUCCCGGCAGACCCUGACCUGGAUCUCGGAUUCGUUCUUUUCAAGCCUCCUGAGUGGCCGGAUCUCCACCCUGAAGGAUGAAACGGGAGCGAUCUUCAUUGACCGAGACCCCACCGUCUUUGCGCCCAUUCUCAACUUCCUGCGAACCAAGGAGCUCGACCCCAGGGGCGUCAACAUCUCCCUGCUGCUGCAUGAGGCUGAGUUCUAUGGGAUCACCCCCCUGGGUACGGCACGGGGGGGAGUCACUGCGGUGGUGGUGGGGGGGUCACCCCCCGUGGACUGA